AUGGAGGGCUUGAACCAUGGAGGGCGCGGGUACGGGCACGGGCCUGCGGCUGCUUAUGGGCACGCCAAUGCGAACGGAGGAUCCCGACCGUCGCACUCAUCUGCCUUGGCCUUGCCGAGUGUCGACUUCGAUGACUCGCAUAUGAUGUCCGACGACUUGUCCUUUGGCUCCCCCUUUAGCCCGACCGACUCAUCCUCCAACACCAACACCAAUAACAACACCACCAGAGCCCAGGACGGCAUGCUCUCGGAUGCCAUCUUCCCCGAAUGGAAGACCGGUGCCCCGCGCGGGCAUGACAAUCCGGAUGAGCUGCAGAAGAACGAUCCCUUGGCCGCUCAGAUCUGGAAGCUGUACACCCGAACCAAAUCCCAGCUCCCAAACCAGGAACGCAUGGAGAACUUGACAUGGCGCAUGAUGGCCAUGAGUUUACGGCGCAAGGAACGAGAGCAAGCGCGGACAUUGCAACUCCAAAAAGACAGCACCAGUCCCAACACCAGCGGCUUAUCCCAGCUGCAUUUGUCUGAGGAACAGGCCUCCACUUCCUCGUCUGACCAACAUGCCGACAUGACCAUGGACGCAACGCCCGAUGCGAUGAAUAUUGAUGACUUCAUCGUUCCCUUUGACUCCCCCACUGAAUAUAGCUCUCACCACCUCGCGGCCGAUCGCCAGUUCAAUGCCACUCCCACCGCCUCCAUCCCCAUCAAGACUCGCAAAGACCAGCCGAUGCAUGAUACAACGGUGGCCGCAUCCUUCCAACAUCCGCCGCCUGAUCAACGCAACAACAGCGAGUUCGGGUACGUCCCCCGUCGAGUCCGCAAGACCAGUAUCGACGAGAGACAAUUCUUCUCCGGCCUGGGCGCCCCAACCAGGAAACGCCCGGCCGACGCAUCGCCGCAGGUGCCUCCCGUAUCCAACGCCGCACUCGCACACCACUCGGAGCUGGCCUCGACGCUACCGGACUAUUCGUUGGAUCACCCGCCUCCCGCAUUCGCGAUGCCGGGUAACGGUACUGUUGGCGGCCGUCGUUCGCAGCACCACCAUACCAACAGUGUCCCCUUCAACCUGGAUACCCUCGGCAUGGGUGAGGAUCACGGUAUUCAUUCCGCAGGUCCCUAUCAGCAACAUUUCACUUUCUCCCCUUCCGAAUCUCCCAUGACCUCGGGCCAUCCAUUUUCCAAUCUGUAUGCGCAAACCCCGUUGGCCUCGUCCCUCAACUCGACCGAGUUCUUUUCCCCGCCGCCCUCGGGUUAUCAAUCCGCUGUCUCGACCCCGCAGCCGAUUUACGAAGGCGAGCAAUCUCUAUUCUUCAACGACGUGCCCUCAACCGACCCCCAUACUCAACGCCGCAUUCCGAACUAUCUGCAGCAGCGGACCUCGAAUCUGUCGGCCUCCCUACAACCCCGUCACAUGUUCGGCACCAACACGGGCACUUCUUCCGCCGAGUUUUCGGCCCCCAGCUCUGUCCCCAUCGCGCCCACUCCCAUUCAUCCGUCUGGCUUCUCGGUUCCUCAGCUGCAACACGUGAAUCCACACCAGGUACUUGGAGCCGGCGACUUCUCCUCGACCGCUCCGACCAACAGCAUGUUCACCUUCGGAGGCGACUCCGAUAACGAGGACGAUGACGGCCCUUCGUAUGGCCGAGGAGGAAUCGCCAUGCCCAACGACUACUCCCCCAUGGAGGAGGGCGAUCUCCAGUCGGGUCUCAAUUGGGACAGCGGGUUUGCAGGCUCCGUUCAGUCUUUGCCAGGCUUCAACGGAAUGCAUCGUAAGCAAGUCACCAUCGGUUCGGUUGAUGUGAUGGAUGGCUCGUCCGAUUGGCAGCACAGCAGUAGUUUGACGGGGCGGGGCCACGGCUCUGCAGCUUCGGUGAGCGACGUACGAAACCGUGACAUGGAUCCCCGGCGCCAGAAGAUUGCCCGUACCGCCUCGACCCCGAAUGCACCCGCUUUGCUUCGCCAGAGCAUGACCGGUUUUACCUCCAACCCGCCCACCAAUCAUCCUUCGCCUAACACUCCCCCGGAAUCUGGUCUGAGCAGUGCUGUGCCCUCACGACCAGGCAGUCCGGGCGGCUCCAGGAACGGAGAUCCUAAUGCCGGACCGACGACAUGCACCAAUUGUUUCACCCAGACCACUCCGUUGUGGCGUCGUAACCCCGAGGGUCAGCCUCUGUGCAAUGCCUGCGGUUUGUUCUUGAAGCUUCACGGCGUCGUUCGUCCCUUGUCGCUGAAGACCGACGUCAUCAAGAAGCGCAACCGCAGCAGUGCCAACUCUCUAGCCGUCGGUACCUCCCGCGGCUCCAAAAAGUCCUCUCGCAAGAACUCCCUUCAGCAGGCACCCUCCAACUUGAUUGCCUCUCGUACACCCAACGGCAACUCCUCAGAGUCUCCUCCCGCCAUUCUUGGGUCUAGCACGAUGGGUAAGCCAGGUGUGGUGCCUAUUGCUGCCGCUCCACCCAAGGCAGGUCCUCCUGCCGGGGUGGCAUCGGCUCGCGCAGGGGUGCAAGUGGCCCCCCGACGGCAGCGCCGUCUGGAAAAGGCUCCUACGGGUUCUGAUCCGGAUGGCGAAGACAGUCCCCGAGCCAACACUUCCGCUGGUCGGUCGAAAGUGGUGCCCUUGGCGCCCGCUAUGCCCCCUGCAGCUGCCAAUCCGGCUAAUCAUAGUAUUGCUGGUGGGCAAGGCGCCAGUCAGGAGUGGGAGUGGCUGACCAUGAGUCUUUAG